GCCGCGGUCCCCUCGCCUGCGCCGCCCCGCCGCCGGCUCCGCCGCCGCCCCUGGCGACCAUGGCGCACCGGGGGCCCCCGCGUGCCCCGAAGGGCCCCGGCCCCGCCGCCCGAGCCCCGAGCCCCGGGGCCCCGCCGCCGCCGCGCUGGCGGCCGCUCCUGCUGCUGCUGCUCCUGCUGGGCGCCUGCGGGGCGGCGGGGCGCUCCCCCGAGCCCGGGCGCCUGGGUCCCCGCGCGCAGCUGACUCGGGUGUCGCGGAGCCCUCCCGCGGGGCGCGCGGAGGCCGGUGGCGGCGAGGACCGGCGGGCGCGCGGCGCGGAGCCCCGCGUCCCGGGUCCGAGUCCCGGUCCCGCUCCGAGUCCCGGCGAGGACGGCGCCCCCGCCGCGGGCAACCGGCGCUGGGAGCGGGCGGCGCCGCUGGCCGGAGCGGCUUCGCGGGCGCAGGUCUCGCUCAUCAGCACGUCGUUCGUGCUCAAGGGGGACGCGACGCACAACCAGGCGAUGGUGCACUGGACGGGCGAGAACAGCAGCGUGAUCUUGAUCCUGACGAAGUACUACCACGCAGACAUGGGGAAGGUUCUGGAAAGCUCACUGUGGCGGUCGUCGGAUUUCGGGACGUCCUACACCAAGCUUACCCUCCAGCCUGGCGUCACCACCAUCAUCGACAACUUCUACAUCUGCCCGACCAAUAAACGGAAGGUCCUCCUUGUCAGCUCCUCACUCAGCGACCGGGACCAGAGCCUGUUCCUCAGCGCGGACGAAGGCGCCACCUUUCAGAAGCAGCCCAUUCCCUUCUUCGUGGAAACUCUGAUUUUUCAUCCCAAGGAGGAAGACAAGAUCCUCGCCUACACAAAGGAGAGCCAGCUCUACGUGUCAUCCGACUUGGGGAAAAAAUGGACGCUUCUGCAAGAUCGAGUGACUAAAGACCACGUGUUCUGGGCUGUGUCUGGGGUGGACGCUGACCCUGACUUGGUCCAUGUGGAAGCCCAGGACCUCAGUGGAGAUUUUCGGUACCUCACCUGCCCAAUCCACAACUGCUCUGAGAAGACGCUGACGGCCCCGUUCGCAGGCCCCAUUGACCAGGGCUCUCUGACCGUGCAGGACGAUUACAUCUUCUUUAAGGCAACAUCAGCAAACCGGACGAAAUACUAUGUUUCUUAUCGUCGCAACGAAUUUGUCCUGAUGAAGCUGCCGAAGUACGCGUUGCCGAAGGACCUGCAGAUCAUCAGCACGGACGAGAGUCAGGUGUUCGUGGCGGUGCAGGAGUGGUACCAGGUGGAUACCUACAACCUGUACCAGUCGGAUCCGCGGGGCGUGCGCUACGCGCUGGCGCUGGAGGACGUGCGCAGCUCGAGGCAGGCGGAGGAGAGCGUGCUCAUCGACAUCCUGGAGGUCAGAGGGGUGAAAGGAGUCUUCCUGGCAAACCAAAAAAUUGAUGGGAAAGUGAUGACGCUUAUAACCUACAACAAGGGCCGUGACUGGGAUUACCUGAGGCCACCCAGCAUGGACAUGAAUGGAAAACCAACCAACUGCAAGCCUCCAGACUGCCACCUGCACCUGCAUCUGCGUUGGGCAGACAACCCCUAUGUAUCGGGCACCGUGCACACCAAGGACACCGCCCCAGGCCUCAUCAUGGGUGCAGGUAACCUGGGCUCGCAGCUGGUGGAAUAUAAAGAAGAAAUGUACAUCACAUCAGACUGCGGGCACACCUGGCGGCAGGUGUUUGAGGAGGAGCAUCACAUCCUGUACCUGGACCACGGCGGGGUGAUUGUGGCCAUCAAAGACACCUCCAUCCCCUUGAAGAUCCUCAAGUUCAGCGUGGACGAGGGCCUCACCUGGAGCACGCACAACUUCACCAGCACCUCGGUGUUUGUGGACGGGCUGCUGAGCGAGCCAGGGGAUGAGACGCUGGUCAUGACGGUCUUUGGCCACAUCAGUUUCCGCUCUGACUGGGAGCUGGUCAAGGUGGACUUCCGGCCCUCAUUCUCCAGCCAGUGCAUCGAGGAAGAUUACAGCUCCUGGGACCUCUCCAACCUGCAGGGUGACCGCUGCAUCAUGGGCCAGCAGAGAAGUUUCCGGAAGAGAAAGCCCACGUCCUGGUGCAUCAAGGGGAGGAGUUUCACGUCAGCACUCACAUCCCGUGUGUGCGAGUGCCGGGACUCGGACUUCCUGUGCGACUACGGAUUUGAACGCUCCCCCUCCUCAGACUCCAACCCCGACAAGUGCUCUGCCAACUUCUGGUUUAACCCACUGUCCCCGCCCGACGACUGUGCCCUGGGCCAGACCUACGCCAGCAGCCUCGGGUACCGGAAAGUGGUGUCCAACAUGUGCGAGGGGGGCGUGGACCUGCAGCAGGCUCCCGUGCAGCGGCAGUGCCCCCUCACCCCGCCCCGCGGCCUGCAGGUCAGCAUCCGAGGCGAGGCGGUGGCCGUGCGACCUGGAGAGGACGUCCUGUUUGUGGUGCGGCAGGAGCGGGGUGAUGUCCUGACCACCAAGUACCAGGUAGAUCUCGGGGACGGCUUUAAGGCCAUGUACGUGAACCUGACGCUGACCGGGGAGCCCAUCCGGCACCGCUAUGAGAGUCCCGGCAUCUACCGCGUGUCUGUCAGGGCAGAGAACAUGGCUGGCCACGACGAGGCGGUGCUCUUUGUCCAGGUCAACUCCCCUCUGCAGGCCCUCUACCUGGAGGUGGUUCCUGUCGUUGGCAUUAACCAGGAGGUGAACCUCACGGCUGUGCUGCUUCCCUUGAACCCCAACCUCACCGUCUUCUACUGGUGGAUCAGCCACAGCCUGCAGCCCCUCCUUUCCCUGGAUAAUUCUGUGACAACGCGAUUUUCGGACACGGGCGACGUGCGUGUGACGGUGCAGGCCGCCUGCGGAAACUCAGUGCUGCAGGACUCCAGGGUCCUCCGUGUGCUGGAUCAAUUUCAGGUCAUGCCUCUAGAGUUUUCCAAGGAGCUGGAUGCCUACAACCCCAACACACCCGAGUGGAGGGAAGACGUGGGCCUGGUGGUCACCCGGCUGCUCUCCAAGGAAACCAGCGUCCCUGAGGAGCUGCUGGUGACUGUGGUGAAGCCGGGGCUGCCCACCCUGGCUGACCUGUACGUGCUCCUUCCCGCUCCCAGGCCCACAAGGAAGAGGAGCCUCUCGAACCACAAAAGGCUCGCUGCCAUCCAGCAGGUGCUGAACGCUCAGAAGAUCAGCUUCCUCCUGCGAGGUGGGGUCCGCGUCCUGGUGGCGCUGCGGGACACAGGUACAGGCGCGCAGCGGCUGGGCGGCGGCGGCGGCGGCUACUGGGCGGUGGUGGUGCUGUUCGUCAUCGGGCUCUUCGCGGCGGGAGCGUUCAUCCUCUACAAGUUCAAAAGGAAACGGCCCGGCAGGACCGUGUAUGCCCAAAUGCACAAUGAGAAGGAGCAGGAGAUGACCAGCCCCGUGAGCCACAGUGAGGACGUCCAGGGCGCCGUCCAGGGCAACCACUCGGGCGUGGUCCUGAGCAUCCACUCCCGAGAGAUGCACAGCUACCUGGUGAGCUGAUGCGCGGCCGCCCAGCAGCCGUCAUUUCCCCCGCGGAGGGCACAGAACCACCGGCGAGGCCGGCGGCCGGACUGAUGGCCCUCGGAGACCUGCGGAAAGCCCCCUCCCCAAGUCGCCCCCACGCCUGGCGACAGGCACCACCCCCUCUGAUAAGUCCAAGCCCCCCCAGGCCCACGGGGACCCACGGGACCCCCCUGACAUGGCCCCGCCCCUAUGGGACACCAGGCCUGACUUGGGCAGGUUCUGUUCCCAGACCCCACACACGGCCACCCCACAUGCUGUUGCUCAGCCUGAGGCCUGACUUCUCUGGGCUGAGGCUGGUCGUCCUGGAGCCUGCCCAGUACCGUGGGCUGCGAGAGCCACGGACCCACUCAGACAUGGCCCGGCGGGCUCCCUCCCCGCAGACGCUGGGGCCUCCCUGACCGCGCUUUCUUCCUCACACCCAUCCUCGUGGCCACCCGGUCCCUCUGUGGGAUCCCUGAGCCAGCUCCUCCCAACUCCACCCUGUAGGCCCCCAGUGCCCUCCGCCUGGAAGCUGCAGCUCCGUCAAUGUCUCUCUAGGUAGCUGUGGGCAGUGUGGGGGGGUGUCUCACUCUCCAUCUUUAUGGCCAGUGGUAGCCGCUGGGGUCGCUCUGUCAGAGCCCCAUACUCGGGAGCCCCCUUCCCUGAGUGUCCAGGGCGCCUGCUCUAGAGCCCCAAGGGGCAACCGCUCUCCCUGGUUCUCCCCAGGGCAGAGGGGGUGGGGUGGGCACAGGGCCCAGUGCCCGUGGCUCCUCGCCCUCACUCCUGCCAGCAAGCAGCACCCUCCCACAGGCUUCUCCCACCUGAUGGCUCCUCUCCCACUGGGGCUGGAGCCCCCAGAAAGGUGGAUGGUGGAGACGGCUCCAACGCACGCGUUUCUGAGUUUUCUGCACUUCCGUAUAGACGGAGGGACCCGGGUAGAAAGCAAGCUAGGAGAGGGAGGCUAAGAAUGACGGGGCUGGAAGGGCCGUCACGGUGCCCCUCGUUUUCAAGAAGGGGAAACUGAGGCCCAGGGAGGAGAGUGACUUUCACAAGGUCACAGCAAGAUCACGGCAGAGGUGGCCCCGGACCCAGCCCUCUGUGCCCCAGUGCCAUGGGAUCUCCACACCCACCACCCCCCCCACAGUUUCCUAGAAUCAGGGAUGUUAGUGUAAGUCUACACAUGGGAAUUUACAGGGGGUGGGGGGUCACCUUUUGCCUUGAAAUUCGAAGUCAGUAGCCCAGUAUCCCCUUCCUCCUCCUCCCUCCUCCCCCUCCUCUCUGGCAGGGCUCCCUCUCUCAGGGGAGAACGCCAGAGCCAAGACUGGUGAUGCCAAGGCUGGUGACAUGCUGGCUGGGGGCGAAUCCAAAUGAAGGUGCAGAUACCCUCCUGUGCACCACGUCUGAGCUUGGGGACAUGAACCCAUUUUCCCUAGAAAAGAAACAUGGCCCAUUAGAGGGGGGAGCCCGGGGUGAAUCUUCAUGCCCAAAAUAGUGCCCGGUGGGGAGGAGGCGCCUGCUUCUUGUUGAGUAAAUGACCUGUGGAGACUGGAGCCUCAUGUCCCUGGGUUGGGGGGUGUCCGAGACCACAGGGACAAGGGGAGCACCCUGGGUCACGCAGGAGUGGAGCUGUCCCCUCUCUCGCCACCUGCCCCUCAGACCCAAAGCUCCCUCCCCACCUGCCUGCCCACCUGCGGCUUCUGGGCAGCCCCCAACCCCAGAGGCCACCCUGCAAGUUGUCAUCAAGGUCCUGCUGGAGAUGGGAUCCACGGCGGGGGGCCAUGACUCCGGGACCUUGCCACAGCCCCCACUCCUCUGCUGGCCAUCUGUAGGGGUGCCGCUGUGGGGGCUUUUGUCCUGCCGGCCACCCCCCCACACACACACCUAUCCCUGGCCAGCAGCCCACCUGCAAGCGUCAGGCACACAGGGACAGACACGGCGAGCACAGCCCAGGCCCGGGGCCCACGAGCAGCAUGGACCCCUGGGAACGGCCCUCCCCCUUAGCUCACAGUGCCUGCAGCAGCCACGCUAGGCCUCUGGCCCUCCUUGACCACUCCAUUUAAUUCUCUCUGCUGUUUGGGUAGGGUUUUCCCCUUUAGUUAUUUGUGGUUUUCCUGUAUUUUAUGUUAAUAUUUCUAUUAAGAACAUUUUGGGCAAGUGGACCCAAGCCACUGGGAAGGAAGUGGCGUCUGGUAGAGCCUGAUGCCUCCCGUCCGCGCACGGCGGAGAUCCGUGCGCAGGCCCAUGGCUGUCCCUGGCCGUAAAUUCCGAGGGUCUGCAAAGGUGACGUUCAGGUAGACAUGGGGGCCUGGGAACGAGGCCGUCAGCUCCCGUGCACAGAACAAAGAGGCAAUGCAUUCCUUCUCAUUUUUCCUUUUUAAAAAUCGAUGAAUCAUUUGUGAUGCUUUUAACAAAGAUUAAAUGAAUUUGAUCAACU